GUACACCUUCAACACAUUUGUCCUUCGUCGGCGCCCGUAGCAAAAUGAAAAUAAGGAAGUACUAACCGAGAUUAGAAAAAUGAAUCGGUUCAUUUGGAUGGGUAUUAAACUUGAUCAUAUGUUUUUACUGCCUUGAAAAUACUUUGACGUUAUGGGGAAACGUUUAAUCGUAAUUUUGUACAACUAACAAGCGGUGCAUGCGGAUGUCUAAAAUCUCUGUAUAAAUACGGAUACCCAUGUUGGACGCUGGCUCGGAUGAGAUGGUUCGGAGCGUGUUUCGGUCCGGGUUGUGGGUCCGGGCUGCGCACACAGUUUUGACCUGGUCCAUCACCCUCAUCUUGUUCUUACACGACACCGACCUGCGUCGCUGUGAGGAGCGAGGAGAGCUACUGAUUCCAGUAGUGUUUUUCCUCCUUGUUGUUUUGUCAGUGCUUUUGUACUUUGCAGUUUCUUUAAUGGACCCUGGGUUUGUGCUCGAAGAUGCAGCUCAGGUCUUAACAGAAGAAACGGAGCAGAUGAUUCCUGAUUCGUCUGUGCCUCGUGUUCGACGCUGUGGUUACUGUUUUUUAUUGCAACCGAUGAGAGCGCGUCAUUGUGCCUCUUGUGGACACUGUGUGCGUCGCUUCGAUCACCACUGUCCCUGGAUCAGUAACUGUGUGGGAGAAAGAAACCACCGUGUCUUUGUGCUCUACCUGUCUGUGCAGCUACUCACUUUGCUUUGGGCCACUCACAUCGCUCUGUCUGGUUUCUCUCCUGUUGCAUCAUGGGAGCACUGGUUCAAGGUUCACGUUUUCCUGUUGGGGGCGCUGUCAGUGGUAGGUGUUUUUUCACUGGUGGUUCUCAUACUUUUGGGCUGCCAUCUUUACCUGGCCUCAAUGAACUGCACCACGUGGGAGUUCAUGUCCCGACACCGCGUCUCAUAUCUGAAGAACAUGUCCGAAGAGCAGAACCCUUUUGAUCGUGGUGUCCUGUGUAACCUAUGGGCUUUUUUCUGCGUGUGCCGUGCUGAAAUCUGGGAACAAGUUUAUGUCAAAAACUCAACCCUCAACUCUGUCUAAAGUCAACAAAAUGGACAUAGGAGGCUUUUUGUGCGUCUAUGUUUUUUAAAGCCAUACUAUGUAGCUUUUUUAUUGCACUGAAAAACUGUCCUUACUUUUAGCGGGCUGCCAUCUCGAAAACCUGGCUCUUAUUUAGCCUGGAGGAAUGUAGCCAAGGAAAACACAACUAUCUUCAAUUUUAGAUUCAACAUGUAUUUUGUGCAGAUUUUGAUACCAAUUUUGUAUUUCAUCCUAUUGACUUUUAUAUAUUAGAAUUUGCUCUGUGAGAACAAAUUCAUGUCAAGAACUCAACUCUAAAGGCAACAGAAUGUUUUUACAAGUGCAGUGUCUUUUGAAGCGAUUACCAUCUUGUUAGUUGGUGUACACUUAAAGAAAAGUUGAAAAAUAUGUAAAAAAUGAUAGGCAGUAGAGAAUUCUGAAACAUAUUGAUCACGUCACACAAGGGAGAAUUCUGUCCACAAUUUACACUUAAACUCAUUGUUUUGUACUUGAAACACUAAUUCAACAAAAUAAAGGUGCUUCUUAUAUUUUUAUUUGUCAUAUUUCUGUGUACAUUAGUGCUGUUAUGGCCCCAUUUACAGCAUGGUUACUAGCUAACAGUUAUGGAAUUCCCUAGCGUGAUGUCAUAGUUUCCAAACAGGAAGCACAAUUUUAAAUUGUGAAAAAAGUGUAUCUUAAAUAUAAUGAUCUUAACUGUGUUUUUGUAAAAUGGAUAGUCUAACUUGUCAUAGGCACUUUAACCCACUGCUCCACUACUACGGGUCUUCAUCUGAUUUAUAUUUUGUGCCAAUUUUGAUACCAAUUUUGUAUUUAAUCCUUUUGGCUUUUAUUUAAUAUAAUGUGAACUUGUGUUGUGUUUAACCUGAUUAUUAAUAUUACUUACAAGGAUCCCACUAUAUUAAUCCAUCCCCCACAACUAUUUAACACCCAUUUCAAAAUAUGGAGAAAUAAAGUCAUGAUUUGUUAUUUUACUUCUAAUAAAAAGAUUGUUGCAAUACAUU